UGCUCUCUUCCCCGAAGGAAGCGGGGUGGGGCGGGACUCAGGACCCGGGUGACCCGGGUUACCCGGGUCCCACACCGUCCCCAUGAACAACCAGGCGGGGGCCCCAGCCCCCUCCCCAACCCGGCCCUCCACCCUGGUCAGGGCUUCGACCCGAACCCCAACCCCAACCCGAACCCCGAACCCAGUCCGGAUGUCGACCCCUGUCCAGAUCCCGACUCCAGUCGGAACCCAGGCCCCGAUCCGGGCCGUGAUCCCAGUCCGAACCUCCAUCCAGUCCCGGGCACCGAACCCAGUUCGGACCCAGGCUCCGGUCCGGUUCUCAGCUCCGACCUCAGCUUCGGCCCCAGCCCCAGCCCCAGCCCGGGUCCCGACCCCAGCUCCAGCCCCAGCCCCAACCCAGAUCCCCACCCGGACUCCGGUCCCGACCCCAGUUGCAGCCCCAGCCCCGGUCCCGACCCGGACUCCGGCCCCUAACCCAGCUGUAGCCCCAGCCCCAGCCAAGAUCCCGACCCGGGCUCCGGUCCCGAACUCAGCCAGGGUCCCGACCCGGACUCCGGUCCCGAACCCAGCCCCAACCCCAGCUCCAGCCCCAGCACCGUCCUGGGUCCGGGCCCCGAUCCCCGCCGCGGUUCCGGCUAAGGAAUCGCCCGCGACCCCAGCCCUACAUUUGGAUCCGCCCGCAGAACCUGCUCUAGAGUCUCCGGCCGAGACUCCAGCGCCCACGCCGGACCCAAAGCACUUCCCAUCCUUCAGCAGCCUCGCAGGGUCCGUCCCGGGACCCUUUCCCGCGCCCACUCCUCUGGCCUGUAACGUACAGAGAUCCACUGCGAAGGCAGACCUAGCAGCCACCCAGUCAACGGAUCCCCCCGCUUCUGGACCCAUCCCGGGGACCAGCCGGCUGUCCAUCUCCAUUUCUACUAACGCAGUCGCCUCCACCAACGAGAACUUCCAAAUGGGGAACAAGAUCUUGAUUCGAGUGACCUACUGUGGCCUCUGAAGCUAUAGCUUUCGGUAUAUACUACUGAAGAAGAGUCUGGAGCAGCAAUUUCCAAAUCUCCUGUACUUUGACGAGGGGGUAGCCCAGGCCACAGGGGAGUUUGAAGUGUUUGUGGAAGGGAAACUGGUCCAUUCCAAGAAGAAUGGUGAUGGCUUUGUGGAUGAUACCAGCCUUCAGAAAAUUGUGAACGCUAUAGAUGAGGAGAUCAGGAAAAGGUAGCAGGCAAUGGUGGAGCUGGAGGAGCCUCAGCAGGAUGAUGAGAAGGGCUGAAAUGUUGUCAAGUCGGGUCCUGCUCUGAUGGUGGCUGGGGUGGGGUGGGGUUGGGGAAGGGAGAGGGAAAUACAUACAAAGUGUGCCUCCC